AUCCACCCUCUCCGUGCUCCAUCCAACUCACUUACUCUGUCCCUCUUUUUCUCUCUCUUUUUUCUCUUUGGAUUUUUGUUUUAUGGCAAAAUUAUUCCUUUGCUUUAUUUCUAAAAUCCCUAAUGAACCUGUUCCUCACGAGAACAACGAAUCAGAGGAUUCUCCCAGUAGCUGCAAUUUUAAUCACCGACUCAGGGAGGAAACAACGAGAUGGAUGAAAUUGCUCCACCACGUAGUUCUAAAACUCGAAAAGUUUUUGAAGAACAUAAUAUGGAACAUUGCAAAGACAGGAUAAGUAAUUUACCUGAUAACAUUCUUCUCCACAUUCUUUCAUUUAUUUCGACCAAGGAAGCCAUAAGAACUUCCAUUUUGUCAACAAGAUGGAAGUACUUGUGGAUUUUCUUGCCAAUUAUUGACCUGUAUGAUGGCUUGAAGAAUUCUGUGUUGGCAAAUGGUCGGAAUUUGGAACUGGAGGAUAGCUUUGUGAUGUUGGUGUCCGAAGCACUUUUCAGUCGUGACAUGUCAUGUCUCAGGAAAUUGUCUCUUGUGCUAAGCAUGGAUGUCAAUGUGUUUCUGGUGAAACGUUGGAUUGCUGCUGCAGUAGAUCAUCAAGUUGAAGUGCUUUUUCUUGCCCACCUCCAACGAGGACGGGACUAUGUAUUGCCUCCUAGUCUUUUUACUUCUACAUCACUAUGCACUCUGAAAUUAGAUAUUCAUUGUGCCAUAAAGGCUCCACGAUAUGUCAAUUUCUCAAGUCUUCAAAUCAUGCAUCUUCAAGUUAGAUUUCAGGAUGAUGAGUCAACCCGCAAUCUGUUUUCUGGGUGUCCAAUGCUCCAGGAGGUGAUUUUCUUUGAUUGUGAUUGGAGAAAUAUAAGUAGCAUCACCUUUUCAAUUCCUACUCUAAAGACAUUUAUUUUUCAUAAUGGGAAUUCACACUCAGAGGGUACACUACAUUGUAAAUUUAUGAUUUAUGCAGAGAAUCUUGAAUCUUUUAGCUGGUUAAGUUUUCUGGCAGUUGAUGUUAUCCUGAUCUCAUCGCGAGUGUUCAAAUCACAACUUGAUAUGUUUAGCAUGGAUGGGGAUGAUGAAACUGUUAGCUGUGCAUUUAAAGUGCUUAGUAUGAUUCACAAUGUCAAAUUUCUUCUAGUAUCGAGCGAAACCCUUAAGUCUCUCUUCCUUGCAGAGAACCUCAAUACUCUUCCUACAUUUACUAAUUUGACUCAUUUGAGGGUGGAUUCAUAUUUUGCCGAGUAUGCAGAAUCUGUUGGUAUGGAGCUGAUAUACUUUCUUCAAAAAUUGCCAAACCUACAAUCUCUUCACAUAUCAGUGGGAGUCAGCCAAUUUGCACUUGAGAUUGUACCUGAGUGCAUCAAGUCUUCCCUCAGGGCAGUUAGCAUCUUAUGUUCUGCUGAGGAUGAACAAGAAAUUAAGUUUUUAAAAUUCUUAUUCAGUAACGCCAUGGCCUUGGAGAAGGUAACCGUAUUUCUUUCGGAAGACUUGUUAGCCAAUCUGGGAAAGCAAGAGGAGAUUCGCAAACAAUUACAGAUUCUUCGAGUAGGAUUAUCAGCUGUGAGGAUCGGUUUUUCUUUGGAUUUUCUUUAAAACUCCACAUUUUUACAAUAAUUAUUAGGUGUGUUUAGAAUAAACUCAGAAAUUCAUGUUUAAUUCAGUUUAGGCAAUGAUUUAAGUUAUAUUAGAAAUGAUGAAAGUUAAGUUCAUAUGAAAUUCAUAUUAAAGUCAUGAAUUCGAGUAGAAUUGUACCUUCACGUGUGUCAUUAUUUGGAGGUUAUUAUUUUA